CCCUCACCUCACUACUCGGCUACCCAAGCAUAUCACCAAGCUUCAACUAGUUCUCCAUCUUUACUGUCCAAACAUCCAUUUCAGAACAACUUACUACUGCAUCAGCAUCAGCAUGCCUAUCGUUCCUCCGGCUGGCCUCGUCCUUGUGACUGGCGUGAACGGUUACCUGGGAAGCAUCACUGCCCGUACACUUCUCAAGCAUGGCUACCAUGUUCGAGGAACCGUACGCGAUAUCGCAACCAAUGAGUGGAUGCUGUCGUUCUUUGGGCCAAACUUCUCGCUGGUCCAGGUCUCUGAUAUAGCAGCUGACGGCGCGUUUGACGGCGCUGUUGAGGGAGUUGAUGGUGUACUCCAUAUCGCCGCCAAUAUGACCUUUGAUCCCCACAACGACGCCGCUGUCGCUGAAUCGAUCAAGAGCGUCACAGGUAUCCUGGAAGCAUCGCACAAGGAGUAUAGUGUGAAGCGGGUGGUGCUGACGUCAUCCUCUGGCGCGUGCAUCUUCCCAGAGCCCGGUGUUCCUUAUGAGAUUACAACCGGUACAUGGAACCAAGCCGCCAUCGACGCCGCGGCCCGCACAUUUGAGGGUGAGGACCUUGCUAAACGAGCUGCGCAGCUCUAUUGUGCAGCGAAGGCAGCCGGUGAGCAAGCAGGAUUUGCAUGGGUGCGGAAGCACAAGCCAAGCUUUGUCUUCAACAGUGUUAUUCCACCCAUCCUGUUUGGAGACCUUAUCGCUCCAGAACAUCUAGGCUAUCCCAGCAACUGUGGCAUUUUGGAGACCCUUAUACGCGGUCUUCCAGUGGCUCCGUACCUUAUUCAGUCACAGUGGUUUGUUGAUACAGAGGAUGCUGCGCUGGUGCAUCUCGGAGCCUUGGCCUUGGAUGAUGUCAGAGAUGAGCGCAUACUCACAUUUGGCGGGCAAUGGUCCUGGUCUUCAAUUUUGGAAAUUCUGCACAGGCGAUUUCCCGAAAGAGAGUCCCUCAUGAGUUCGGUGGAUGAACCAUUGAAGGACUGUGGUACAGUUUGCACUGAUCGGGGUGUUGAAAUCCUAGAGAGGCUCGGGAAGGAUGGGUUCAAAUCGCUGGAGGCUUGUCUUGUUACAGCAACGAAGGCUAUUAUUGCCUCUUAUGAACUGCCGAUGCCGCCCAAGAAUAAAUUGGAUGACGUCUUGGUGAGAAUGAAGAUAGGCGGUGUCGAAUAAGAAUCAGUGAAAGGAAUAGGUAGUAAACAUUGAACUCGGAUCCUUGACUAU